UAAGCAUGGUAUGUGUAACGCUCUCCUUCCUCUACAUCCACCACCCGCGAUAGACCUCAAUGCCCAAGACGCUGCCGACAAAGCGGCAGCGAGCAUCUGAGAGUACCCACUGCAAUAUUUGUGGUUUAGAAAUUCGAACUCGAGGAUUAGCUUCUCACUUAAAGAAGUGUGAAAAGCAAGAUCGGGAACGGUGGGAGGACGAACAACUUGCUGAUAUAGUUCGGAUUGCUGAGCAAAAGGAACAUCGCAAGGAGCAUCGAAGGCUCCGCAAACAACAGAAAACUCUUCAGAACGCGCACACUGGAUCUGCGAUAAACCCUGUUGCGAUCUGGGCAGCACAAGAUGAAGGCGGUGUGGUAGAAAACGAGGGUAUAGAGAACGAAAUUGAUAUGCAAGGGUCGUCGCCGCAUAGACGCGAAUCAAUUGACUUUGACCCUCCUGCGUUUUCCGAUGUCCCUGACCUCAAUCAUCCCAACGAGCCCCCUUAUGAACUCGACGACAUUAAAGUCGAGUACCAUCCGCACAGCAAACAACCUUCGACUAUACAUCACUUUUCCGAAUUUUCCCGUGGUCGCCCUUCAGAGGCUCAGGUACCUCGUAACAACUCACCUUGGGAGCCCUUCCGGACGCGACUGGACUUCGAAGUCGCAGAGAUCGCACUUGAAGCUGCGCUGACCAAAGAGCAGACAAACCGAUUGCUUGACCUCGUUCAUCGAUCUGCCAGCGGCACAGACACAUUUACGUUGCAGAGUCAUGACGAGGUUCGCUCGCUAUGGGAAAUGGCUUCGCAGCGUUAUACACCGUUUCAAAAGGAUAUAGUAUCUGUUGAGCACCACGAUGAGACACAUGAGUUUGAAAUGCACUAUCGCCCCCUCUGGGACUGGGCGCUUGAUCUAUUGCGAGACAGACGUCUCGCAUACCACUUUGUAUUUGAUGCACAACGUCUUUCCAAAUUUAAUGGAGAACAAUUUGUCCGCUUCAUAGAUGAACCAUGGACUGCCGAUGCCUUCUGGAAUGCACAGUCUCAACUUCCGCCGGACGCAAAGCCACUCGCAUUCAUUCUAUAUGCUGACAAAAACAAACUAUCUUCUUUUGGGACUGCCAAGGGCUAUCCGAUUAUCGCCCGUAUCGCGAACCUUCCCGUUCACAUUCGUAACAGCAACACAGCCCUAGGAGGAGGUCGUGUUGUUGGCUGGUUGCCGAUUGUCGCCGAGGAUCAAAAACAUACCAGAAAGAAGAGUUUUGUAGACUUCAAAAAUGCGGUGUGGCAUAAGUCGUUCUACCAACUCCUCCAGUCAAUUGAGCUGCAUUCAAAAACCGGCUACUGGUUUGAAUGUGGGGAUCAGAUUCGACGCUGUCUCUGGCCCUUGGUACUGAUCCUAAGCGGGGAUUAUGAAGAACAAAGUGUCAUGGCAUUGAUUCGCGGUGUGAAAGGCAAAUUUCCUUGCCCAAUCUGUCUAGUGCCGCAGGAUGAGCAGUCAGCCAAUCGUGUCUUUGCUUUGCGCACGACUCACAAUUCCCAACAUGUCCUUCGCGCAGCAAGAGCAAAGCAUACAGAAAGGGAACGGGAAGAGGAUCUAAAGGCUUAUUCACUCCGAAAUGUCGAGAAUGUAUUCUGGAAAAUUUUUCUUCCAGAUGUUCAUCGUGCGCUUUCUGUUGACCGCCUGCAUAUGAAUCAUGAAGGGUUAUGGGAGGACCACCUGUGGAAGGACAUUCUCUUCUGGAUUUCCGAUCUUGGACGGGAAGCUGCUGUCAAACUCGAUGCGAACUUUGAUGCUAUCCCACGAUGGCCUAACCUCACGCACUUUAAAGCCGUCGUAUCAGUCGAUUUCAACGAUGGCUCGUUUCACGAGGAUAUAUCAAAGCUCAUUCUCUUUACAGCACAAGAUGUCCUAUGCUAUUCGCAGUCCAAGCUAGGAUAUCUACUUUUGCGCUGCGUCCGGUACUAUAUCGAGCUCGACAUAUAUGCUUCGUUGGAAGUUCACACCGAGGAGACGAUUGCGGCUGGAAGGGCAUCCCUGGAUAGGUUCUCAGAAUUGAUGGACGAAUAUAUUACUGAGUCGGAACCUGAGAUGAGCAAAAACUGGAACUUUCCAAAGAAGCACAUGAUCACGCACAUAUUCGACGACAUCUUGGCUAAAGGCGCAACACGCAACUACAACACUAAGCCCAAUGAGAAGAUGCAUGGCGCUUUACGAAAAAUUUACCUUCGACGGACAAACUUCGAGGAUGUAGCUCCUCAGAUCCUACGCUAUGACCAUUGGCUUCUUACUUCAACAGCAAUGUGCACUGAGCUCGAUGAGCUCGAUGAGCAUGUUCGAAUGGCUACCACUGACCCAGAGACAAACGAGCCUCUGGGUUUGGAACCGGAUCCUGUCGCGCAUGUGCACUUGGGUUCGAAGCAGGGCCAGCAUUCUUUUUCAGACAUCACAUGCACACACGGCUCUGACAGAGCUUUCACCGACUUCAGAAAAAAGCUAAAUGGCUUUCUUAAUGUGUUCCUGCCGCAGAACGGUAUUCCCUUGCCAGACGGUCCAGGAAGGGUCCUUCAUCUCAAAGCCGAGGAUCAGAUUACGGAGUUCCGAUUUCUGCGAGUGACUUACAAGUCCAUGGUUGAUUGGCGCAUGCGUCAAGACUUACUUCGGUGCAACCCAACAUUUUAUGGAUCGCCGAGGUUUGAUUGUGUGAUUGUGAAAACUGCCGGCAAACCAUUUAUUGCUCGCCUUGUGUACUUGUUCGGUUGCUCAAUCGGUGAUGCUGACCUUCAUUUGGCCAUUAUCCAUCCUUACAAUGUUGGUAUUGGUGUUCGUCAAAGGCGGGAUGUUGAUCUGGGCUUGUGGCGUGUACGUGCCACACCUCGUUCAUCAUCUGAGAUCAUUUCAGUCCAGUCAAUUAUCCGAGGUGCUGCGCUCGCCAAAGAUCCGGAGACAGAUGGAGAUUACUUGGUUAUUCACACUGUGGAUACGGACAUGUUCCUUCGUGUUAAGUCUCUUCAAGCGUAA